AUGGCCUUGGAGGACGAAGAGGAGGCCUUUGAGCCGACUGUUUUCCCAGACCAGGGCGCUGCUACGGAGGCUGUCGAAACUUGGCCGAUAGUCGGCCGGUUCUUGACGGAAAAGAUGGUGAAGUUGGAGUACAUGAGACAGGUGUUGGCGUCAGUUUGGAAGCCGGUGCGCGGUGUUCAGGUCACGGAGUUACAGCCCAACUUAUUUAUGUUUGUCUUUUACCAUGUUUCAGACAUGCAAUAUGUGUUGGAAGAGGGUCCGUGGUCGUUCGAUAAUUGCACGCUGGUUUGUAGACAAGUGCCCGAUGGGGUGUUGCCCGGUGAUGUUGUGCUCGAUUCUAUCGACAUGUGGGUGCAGCUCCACGGUUUCCCUAUAGGUUAUACCUCAAGCGUGAUUCAAGAGCAAAUUGGGAAUUAUCUGGGGGCCUUCGUUAAGAGUGAUGAACGGUUCGCCGGGGCGCCAUGGCUGGAUUUUUACCGUAUUCGUGUUUCUUUGUCGGUUGCUAGACCGCUGAAGCGGCGGAUGAAGCUUCUAAAACGUGACAAGUCGUGGUGUUGGGUGACGUUUCGUUACGAGCGUUUGCACUGUUUCUGCUUCUUUUGCGGCAUGAUGGGGCACACUCACCGGUUUUGUUUGAAAGCAAGGGAGUCUCUAUUCCCGAUUGAUCAAUACCCGUAUGGUGCAGACCUUAGGGCGGGGCAGCGACGGGGUCCGAGAGCGGUAGGUGACAGUUAG